AUGGGACCCGGGGACACUAAAGGGGACAAUGGAGGGACCACACCAGGGGGCACACAGGGACGAACAGGGGGCAUGGGCACAAAUGGACGAGAAGGACACACAAAGGAACCGAAAGGGGACAAAGGCACAGAAGGACGAGGAGAACAUGUGGGGGCCACAAAGGAACUAGAAGACACCGAGGGACGAGGGGGAACCACAGGGGGCACAAAGGGACCAACCAAAGACGAAGGCAAUGAGGGACGAAGGGGAAACAUGGAGGGCCCAAAGGGACCAGAGGGGAGCAAUGGCACGGAAGGACGAGGAGCAAACAUGGAGGGCACAAAGGAACCAGAAGGGAACGACGAUGGCACAGGACAGGGAUUGAACACAGGGGCCAAGGGAUGUAAGGGCAAGGGGCAACGUGGAGCAGGGGGAACCUUCGGGGAAAGAGAAGUAGGGCACGCUGGGGAAGCAGGUCUCUGCGAGACCGGAACAGGGACUGAGGGUGGCGAGGAUGUAGGUAAAGGGGCUGGUGGAGGUGGCAAGGAGGGAGCCGUGGGGAGAGCCGCGGGCGAAGGACCCGCAGGCCGUCGAGGGGAAGACGGCGGUCGGGCCAUGGUCAGCUGCCCUGGAGCCCUGGGUGAGACCGGGGCCAACCGCCGAGAUGGGACCUGGGGGUGUGAAGGGGCACCAGGGAGUCAACCCCGCCUUCGAUGUCCCCUCCCUUUCCGGGAGACCAAGAAGCGGGAACCCGGCUGUGAACCACCUCGAAGAGCACGCCGGCCGUCGGGGUCGGGGAGUCUGGAGCCGACGGGUGUGGUGCGGGCGGAGCCAGGGCCAGGACGUCGGGCGCGGGCGGAGUCAGGGCCGGGACGUCGAGCGGAGCCAGCUCCUCAGAAGGGGGCGCCAGAGCAGGAGCCACGGGUGAGGGGGCCCUGGGCGCCCGAGCAGGAGCCGCGGGGGACACUGCAGGAGCCGCUGGAGCCGCGGGGGACACUGCAGGAGCCGCUGGAGCCGCGGGGGACACUGCAGGAGCCGCUGGAGACACUGCAGGAGCCGCUGGAGCCACGGGGGAUGCCGCGGGGGACACUGCGGGGGCCUCGGGGGACGCCGCGGGGGACACUGCGGGGGCCUCGGGGGACGCCGCGGGGGAUGCUGCGGGGACGCCGCGGGGGCCACUGCGGGGGCCUCGGGGGACGCCGCAGGCGCCACAGGAGCCUCGGGGGGCGCUGCAGGCGCCACAGGCUCCAGGUCAACAGGGGGCACUGCUGCAGCCGGAGACACAGGGGGCAGAGCCGCCGAAGCAGGAGGCACAGGAACAGGGGUGAAAGCAGGGACCUGCGGGGGCGCUGCAGGUGCCACGGGAACCUGGGGGGGCGCUGCAGGCGCCACGGGCUCCGGGCCAACAGGGGGCAGUACGGGGACCUCCGGGACCACUGGGGGCUGAGCAGGGGCCACGGGCACCCAGCAUCGCCCGAGGUGCCUGUUGCGGUUGCUGAUACGCUGCCCGAGGUCCCUGCUGGUCCCGAGUCGGCGGUUACUGCGGCGCCCCCUGCUGGUCCAGAGUCAGUGGUUACUGCUGUGCUGCCCGAGCUCCCUGCUGCAGCUCUGCCUGCGCCCGAGAUCCUGGUUUCUGCUGUGAUGCCCGCAGAUCCUCCCGCGACCGAGGCGGCUGCUGCUCUGCCUGAGGCCCUGCCUACGCCUGCGGUUCCGCCUGCGCCCGAGGCCCCGGCGUUGCCUGCAGCUGUUUCGCCCCGAGGCUCCUGCUCCUGCUCCGCCCUCGCCUGA